AUUACCCUAGUAAGAUGUUUUUUUUUGUUUUAUUUGUAGUCGUAUUAUGCGUGUCUAAUAGGCACUACCCCAUCCAUUAUCAUAGAUGACUGGAUGAGGUGAGAUAAAAUAAAAUUCUGAUAUAUUUGUCGGAUUUGCAUGGGGGGAAGGGGGUUUCGCAAAUUGAAACAAAUGCCGGUGCUCUGGAAGGAGCAUGCACAGAUUGAGGAAAUUUGGUAUUUCCAGUUAAGAUUUUCGUCAAAAGGGCGCCUAGUCUGAGCCAGUGUUGUCCGGUAGUUAAACAUUUAUGGGUACAUUAGCGUUUUCUCGCUGAUUUGAUGGGAAAGAAAACGUCCGAAAUUGGCUGAGAAAUGUCAAAAAUACAAAUCAAACUGUGUUUGUAAAACAUAAUAACAUUGUCCUGUUUAAUUAAGUGAAAGAUCCAUGUAACUAUUCAAUGGUUGCACACGUCAAUUGUUUAUUCUAUAAAGUUCAGGAAACUUGUAUAAUUUGUCUGUUCUCCCCACCACCCCCCCACCCUUGGCGGCCAAAAAGUGGGUCCUUUCCUAUAGAGGAAUCUUCAAAUGAUAUGCUUUUUCCAUAUGAUUUCUAUAACUGUCCAUCCACAGGUGAUUACGCUAAAGUACCAGACGUCGACCUGUCCAUCCAGCUUCAUACUAGAGGCUUCAUCCACAGGUGAUUACGCUUAAGUACCAGACGCCGACCUGUCCAUCCAGCUUUAUACCAGCGGCUGCUAUAACAAAUGUAAUAAACUUUAUAACUGGAGGGUUUCAUUUAAAGCGUAAAGCUUUUCUAACUAUUGGCCCUCUCUUCCCAUGCUAACUUAAAAAUAUAUAGUUGUCAUUCGGCAGGAUGUUCAGUAGUGCCAUGGCGUUUUAAUGUUCAAGACCAUAGAGUUGGUUUCAGCCCAGAGCUAAAGGUGAUUAGAAAAGAUAACCAAUUUUAUUUGUUACACCUAAUCUAACAAAUGGAUGCAUAAGCUGAAUCGACAUCAGUUGGACUACUAGUUAAUGCUGAGAAUUAAUUAAGCUUUUUUUUUUCAAAACAAUAGGUAGCUUCCAUCGUAGCUUGUUAGAAAACAUUAUUUGAAGGAAUGUUUUCUAAUGCAUGUACCAUUUUGAAAAUUAUGGGCUCCCCAGUUUUUUUUUGCAAUAUUAUCAUGAAAUCUUUUAGAUCCUUCGCAAAGUUCUUCUACGUGUGUUUGUUAACUUGUUUGCUUUACACAAAAGCAACACGGUAAUUGGUGAAAUCAUUUGAUAAAAGUCUUUGUGCAUAAGUAAGUAGUUCAUCUAGUAGCACCUGCCAGUAUUGAGGACAAAGGUUAAAUAAGGCGAAAAGAAGAUACAUGGAACCGGCCUAUGGCUACGACAAAGAGAAUGCUGUGCGUUUUUCUCACACUUGCAACCACUGCACUAAUGGUCAGCGGUGACAUGCAAUGCAAUAGCUUCGCUGGUCGACGUCACUAUGGAUACGCACUGCUCCGUCACGUGUUCCAAAAGGCUCACGUGAGCAGAACUGAGUGUAUCAGACUGUGCAGAAAUACGGUAAACUGCUUCUUGGCCAACAUGAAGUCAGAUGGUAAGGGCGACAAGGUCACAUGUCAAUUGAACAACUCGACAAAAGAGCAAAGUUUAUCGAGUUUUCUCCAGAUUCCUGGGUAUGAGUACAUCGAGUUCACGAACAGAUCCUGUGGUCAAAAGGAAGAUACCAUUUGUGUCAAGAAGAGAGCGCUCCUUGGAGAUUGGUUUCAGUUUGGGUCGUCUUUUUUUAAAUUUUUUACGACGCCAGCCUCAUGGAGCGAUGCGCAUUCGCGUUGUCAGGCAAUCGGUGCCGAACUAGCGUCGAUUGCAAACGAAAACGAAGACAGAUUUGUGGCAGAGACCUUUGUCAAACCCACCAUACGCUGCACCGCAAACUGUAAUGUCUCCAAGGAGCUCGUGGCUAAAUGGCAUUUGGACGGCACAGAAAGUGAUGUGAAACUGAUUAACUCCGCCUCAUACCUUGCGGACAAGGGUACGAAUGUCCUGUUCCUUGAUGGCCCAACCAACAAUGAUUUUGCUAGAGUACCAGACGUCGACGUCUCCACCGUAAGCUUCACGCUAGCAGUCUGGCUCAAGCCCAAGACAUUCACGAAUAGCGCCUAUUAUUGUGACUGGGGUAAUGCUCUUAAGAGGUUCCAGUUCAAUUUUCACCUUGACGGAUCCCUGACCGCACUCUUAGCCAACCCUGUUGGUGAAGCCAUUGCUCACCUUAGGACGGCAAGUGACAAAGUGAUAAAGGCUGACGUGUGGAAUCACGUGGUAAACACGUGGAACAGACAGGAGAAGAAGAUCACCAUCUUCAUCAAUGGCACACAGGUAGCCAGUCAAACAUCGACCCUAAGCAACGUUGACAUCGCCUACGGCGGCACUGUCACCACUGAACUCGGUCUCAAAAGGGAUUCUGGUGACUUUAAACUGCAUGGUUAUAUCAAAGACCUCAUGAUUUUUUACCGGGCCAUGAGUCCAGACGAAGUGCAAGAAUUUUACGAGCAAGAUGGUGGUUUGUUUACCAACAAGGGUGCAUGGAUUGGGUUGAAUGACGUCACAACCGAGGGGACGAUGGUGUGGAAUGACGGAUCACCAUUCUCGUACAGCUCCCUCACCGCCAACAGUCACUCUGCUGAUUGUGUUGCCAUGACAACAGAGAGUAAUGGUACCAGCCACUGGAUUGCAAAUCCUUGUAACAUUAAGUUGCCAUUCAUUUGCAAAAAGCCACAGGCAUAGCUUUCGCUUAGUAUCCAUCUGAAAUUCCCGCAUGUGCAUUAUAUCAACGAAACGAAGAAAAGUUUAGAAUUAAUCAGGGAGUUCUGAUUUAAUUAUUAAAAUAAUAGUAUUUUUAAGGGGGGGUCAGUCACUUCUUGUUUCUACUGGGAGUAGCUGCCAUCCUUAUAUUCUUCUUACUCCAUGGGCGGCGGAACAUGGGGGGACCUCCCAAUAAUCUGGUUAGGGUGGCCAGCCCCCCCACCUCCCCCAAUAAUUUUCUCCGGUAGACUGUUAAAAUAAAUAGGGGAGGGAAGGGGGCUCGGAGAUAAAACACUUUAAAUUUGUGUUGUUCCCCCCAAUCUUUUUUUUUUUGCUUCCGCUGCCCAUGUACUCUAGCGUCAAGCGCACCUCUGGAUGGCGCAACUGCUGAUUGAAGUAUGCCCUAGGGACUUGUGCAAUAUGAGAUGUCGCAACGUAGACAUGGUAGCUGCCCGCUAAAAUGUGUUUUUACCUGUUUACAUUAUAGCCGUGAUAAUUUAUGGUCUUGUCGAGGUAGACGACGACAAUUUUAACGCUACGAACUUUGCUAUACCAUAUACAAAUAAGUUUGUAUUUGGUGUUGUUUCUAGUUUUUGAUCGCCAAGUGCGGAGCCUUUUUGCUUGGUUUUGCACGGGCAAUGUGAAUUUUCCUGACAUUUUGCAUGUUUUGCACGGGUAAUUAAGAUUUUUCUGCUACUUGCAUGUAACAAAGUCACUCAUCUAGGACAAAAUCACCGUGUUACUGCAGUUCAUAGAAGGGAUUCGGAUUAUUCCAAUGCACUUUAUACCUUUAUAAUAUUUGUACUCUUGGAUCUUUAAUAAUCAAAAGACCGGAGGCGUGUUAUUAUUUUAGUAAAAAACAAAAACUUG